AUGGCCAAAGGCAGAGGGGCGGAAAGCGCUUCGUCCACCGGGCUGCUACAACCUAGCCUCCUGCAGCAGGACGAGCUGCGGCAUGCCAAGGUGCAGGGCAGCCCUAAGGAAAGUAAAGCGAAGCUAUCGGUGUGCAGCAAACUGUGCUAUGCCGUCGGUGGCGCUCCCUACCAGAUCACUGGCUGCGCCCUGGGAUUUUUCUUGCAGAUCUACCUGCUGGAUGUCGCACAGCUGGACCCUUUCUAUGCCUCCAUCAUCCUCUUUGUGGGUCGAGCAUGGGAUGCUAUCACCGACCCCAUGGUGGGUUUCUUCAUCAGUAAAACCCCUUGGAGCCGCCUCGGACGCCUGAUGCCCUGGAUCAUCUUCUCCACUCCAUUCGCUGUGAUCUCCUACUUCCUGAUAUGGUUUGUGCCAGACCUCUCAAGUGGCCAAGUGAUGUGGUAUCUUCUCUUCUACUGCAUGUUCCAGACCCUUGUGACGUGUUUCCAUGUUCCCUAUUCAGCGCUCACGAUGUUCAUCAGCAGGGAGCAGAGCGAACGGGAUUCCGCUACCGCCUAUCGUAUGACGGUGGAGGUGUUGGGCACCGUGCUGGGCACGGCCAUCCAGGGGCAGAUCGUGGGCCAGGUGGACACGCCGUGCAUUCAGGACUCCCGCCUCUUCGGCGUCACUAACUCUUCGGUGGCCAUGGAGGAGGUGAACAUUACCCGGGAUGCCGGCUCCCUCACGGACACGAGAAACGCCUACAUGAUUGCAGCGGGAGUCAUUGGUGGGAUCUACAUACUCUGCGCCAUUGUCCUGUUUCUGGGCGUGCGGGAGAAGCGAGAUGCCUCUGAGCUCCAGUCGGAUGAGCCCAUCUCUUUCUUCCGGGGGCUGAAGCUGGUGAUGAAACACGGUGCCUACAUCAAGCUGAUUGCUGGCUUCCUCUUCACCUCGCUCGCCUUCAUGCUGCUGGAAGGGAACUUUGCCUUGUUUUGUACCUACACCCUGGGAUUCCGCAACGAAUUCCAGAACAUCCUCCUGGCGAUCAUGCUCUCUGCCACCUUGUCUAUCCCCCUCUGGCAAUGGUUCCUUAUGCGCUUUGGGAAGAAAACUGCUGUGUAUGUUGGGAUCUCAUCUGCCAUCCCCUUCCUCAUCAUGGUUGUCGUUCUGGAGAGUAACUUGAUCGUCACCUACGUUGUGGCCAUUGCAGCUGGGAUCAGUGUCGCUGCUGCCUUCCUCUUGCCGUGGUCCAUGCUGCCAGAUGUCAUAGACGACUUCAACCUCCAGCACCCAGACUCCCGUGGCCAUGAAGCUAUUUUCUUCUCCUUUUACGUCUUCUUCACCAAGUUCGCCUCCGGGGUGUCUCUGGGGAUCUCCACACUCAGCUUAGACUUUGCAGGCUAUAAGACCCGGGGCUGCUCCCAGCCCGAGGAGGUGAAAUUCACGCUGAAGAUGCUGGUAUCGGCAGCCCCGGUGGGGCUGAUCCUGCUGGGCCUGCUCCUAUUCAAGCUGUACCCCAUCGACGAGGACAGGCGGAGGGAAAACAAGAAGGCCCUGCAGGAUUUAAGGGAGGAGGAAAACAGCAGCGACUCGGACUCCACGGAACUCGCCAGCAUCGUGUGA